GCAACUCAUGCGUGAUCAAUGGUGGUGGGCGUAAAGAGUACAGGGAAUGUAAGAAGAAGGUCCUCUGCUUUUGUAUACAGCUGAUUGAGGCAAACAUCCUUCCAAUGGCCGGGUUUACUAGACACUUGAGCAGCAUUUUGAGGCGGAGUGUGAUUGCGAAUCACCACAUUCCUUGCGCAGCAAAACCUGAAGCGUCCGGCUCGUUUGAGGGCCUGGCCGUCCGGAGCUUCAACUCGGACACUUGGGGCCAAGUGAAAGAGGAAGAUGUUGAGCGACCAGCCACACCUUGGGUACGAACCGUGUCAAGUGGGGUUGACCUUCUGCGCAAUCCCAAGUACAACAAGGGCAUGGCAUUCACUCCGGCUGAGAGGGAAGCCAGCUACCUUCUGGGACUACUGCCACCUGCAUACAUGACACAAGACUUGCAGGUUGAAAGAGUCCUCGAGAACUUGAAGGAGUACACCUCGAACCUACACAAGUACAGCCACUUGAUGUCCCUCCAAGAGCGCAAUGAGCGGCUGUUCUACCGGGUGUUGCUCGACUACAUUGAGGAUCUGAUGCCAAUCAUCAGCGGCCCCACCGUGGGCCUCGCCUGCCGGCGCUACGGGCUGCUCUUCCGACGACCACGUGGCAUCUUCAUCACCAACAACGACAAGGGCCGCGUGUUGACCCUCCUGAAGAACUGGCCGGAGAAGCGGGUGCGUUUCAUCGUGGUCACUGACGGGGAGCAGAUCAUGGGACUUGGGGACCUGGGUGCAAACGGCAUGGGGAUCCCCGUGGGCAAGCUUUCUCUGUACACUGCGUGUGGGGGCAUCAAUCCUUCCGAGUGUCUCCCAGUCAUGAUCGACGUGGGAACGAACAACCAGGCGCUUCUGCAGGACCCCUUCUACAUAGGCGUCCGGCAUAGCCGGGUUAAGGGAGAGGAGUACGACGAGUUGCUGGACGAAUUUAUGGAGGCAGCCAAGGCGCGUUUUGGCGACAAGUGCCUCAUCCAGUUCCAAGACCUGGCAAACCAUAACGCGCACCGGUUGCACUUCCAGUAUCGCGGCAGUCACCUAGUAUUCAACGACAACAUUCAGGGCACUGCUGCGGUUCUGCUGGCUGGCAUCAAGGCAGCGCAGCCCCUCACCAACUGUCCCGUCUCGCAACACACGUAUCUCUUCACCGGCGCCGGAGAAUUGGAGUGCAGCAUAGCGGAGCUGGUGGCGCUCGGCAUAAGCCGAGAGGCCAAGAUCACCAUCCAAGAAGCUCGGCAAAAGAUCUGCUUCGUAGACUCAAAGGGUUUGGUGACGCGCGCACGUGCAGAAAACCUGAGGCCCCAUAAGUUGCCCUUUGCCCACAAUAACGCCGAGGCACCCGACCUCCUGGCGGCGGUCAAGGUUGUGAAGCCCACCGUAUUGGUCGGGCUGUCUGCGCCCCGGGGCGCAUUCACACAACAAGUCCUGGAGGAGAUGGCGCUCAAUGUGAAGCGGCCGCUACUCUUCCCCCUCUCCAACCCGGCGUCUUCGGAAGAAGGCGAGUGCUCUGCGGAGGACGCGUACCAGCACACGCAGGGUCGCGGCAUUUUUGCAAGCGCGAGCCCGUCAAAGCCCGUCGAGAUCUUCGGGCAGACCUUCCAGCCGAGCCAGGCAAACAACGCGUACAUAUUCCCCGGUAUUGGCCUCGGGUUGUUGGUCGCGGGUACAACGCGGAUACGAGACGAAAUGUUUCUCGCAGCAGCCGACACGUUGGCGAGCCUGGUGGAAGACGAGGACCGAGCGCGCGGCCAGAUCUACCCCCCCUUCUGGAAGAUCCGGACAAUCUCGGCGCACAUCGCCAGGGCGGUCGCUCAAAAGUCGUACGAAGCAGGGUUUGGAACCCGACUACCAAAGCCCGACGACCUGAUGGCUUUCGCACACGAGAUCAUGUACAAACCGCACUAUAGGCGCCUGAGAUGAGACGUUCUCUUCGACGACUGUUGCCUACACCCUCCGUUGAGAACGGUGGUCCCGGAGCUUGUAAAGAGCUGUUGCGCGUCAAUGACAAGCUCCUUGCGCAUUGAAAACGAGACAGAUUGUGUUGGUCAGGGACGGUCAACGGUUGAACCGGAUACUGACAUGACGAAAGUCUUCUUGAUGUUGUUCCGCAUGCCCAGUUUUAGUGCCCGC